CGCCACUUUUUCCCUCGCCGGUGACCUUCCACCCCAGCUUUCUGCGCACGCGCCGGCUGGUGUCGGCGACUCGGCGUCAACUGUUGUCCGUCUCCGGGAGCAAAAAUCAUAUUCCGCUCUGUGAUCUCUGUCUGGGAGUGCGAAUUUUAACUGCUUCAAUGGCACCUUUGUCACAACCUGCACGAAGAUUGAUUCGGAAUGUUUUAAAUGAUAAUCUGAUUCUAGAACUGUUCAGCUGAGCAGGUCUUUGGAUGCUAUUUGCAUGAUCCAGUGCUCUCCAUGUGGUCUUCUCUACAUUGGUAAUACCAUGUGCAGCCAAACACCCGCGCUCUGUCCGCCACGGUCAUAGUACACUCAGACAUGGCAUUGAAAGAACAUUGGUAUGGAUGUAAUAAGCAAGAACUACAUGUCCCAACAUACAGCGCGCUUGGUAAUUCGUGCUUGUGGGAUGUGGUGUUCGGGUAACCGUUUCAUACCGUCCUUGGUGUCAGGGGCUUUUGCGGCUCGCAAGCUAAAUACUGUUCUCCAUGCUCCAAUAAUUCUUCAGCACCGGAGUAUGAACUGAGUCGCGACCAGGGUGAGGUAUGCGGCGCUGAUGCACGCACUCUGCAUCUCCACUCUGUGAUCGGUGGGAAGGAAAGAUAAUCAGUCUGACAAAAAGAAGAUCGGAAUGAGAGGUUAAAAUCACAGCCUGGAAUCGUAACUCCAGAAUAAUGUCAGAUUCAAGACAAUAUCAGACGACAUAUUCUGCAUCGGAAGGUGUUUUUUUCUGCGAAGAUUGAAGAUCAUCUUUGCCGAGUUGGGGUGACGAUAUCGAAUAGCAGAAUGUUGCCAGCUCAGGAGGCAGCUAAAAUUUAUCACACUAAUUAUGUGAGGAACUCAAGAGCGAUCGGUGUACUGUGGGCUAUUUUCACCAUUUGUUUUGCAAUAGUGAAUGUGGUGUGCUUCAUCCAGCCUUAUUGGAUCGGGGAUGGCGUGGAUACCCCCCAAGCCGGCUACUUCGGGCUCUUUCAUUACUGCAUCGGGAACGGGCUCUCCCGGGAGUUGACCUGUCGCGGUAGCUUCACUGACUUUUCCACCAUUGCGUCCGGGGCUUUCAAAGCCGCCUCUUUCUUCAUCGCCACGUCCAUGGCGCUCAUCAUGGGCUGCAUCGCAUGCUUCGUUCUCUUCUUCUUCUGUAAUACGGCCACCGUCUACAAAAUCUGCGGAUGGGUGCAACUUACAGCUGCUGGCUGUUUGAUCUUGGGCUGCAUGAUCUUUCCAGAUGGCUGGGAUUCAGAUGAAGUAAAACGCAUGUGUGGGGAAAAAACGGACAAGUACACCCUUGGUGCCUGCUCUGUUCGCUGGGCCUACAUUCUGGCAAUUAUUGGAAUCCUAGAUGCUCUCAUCCUUUCAUUUCUGGCAUUCGUCCUAGGCAACAGGCAAGAUGGUUUACUGCCAGAUGACUUCAAAGUGGAUGCCAAAGAUGAUGGAAAUGCUUAAGAAAAUAAGGCAAUUAAAGAUAACUGCUAAUUUUAUCCACACCAAAUAAAAAAAGGAAGCUCAACUGAAGAUCUCAACUAUUCCUGCAAACCGACAAAAUAUGGAGUAAAUUGUUACGUUCAAUACCCAAAUUGUGGAUUUGCAAGUGUGCCAUCAACUCGAGUGCCACAAGAGAUCAUAUUUACUUUGUUUUGAGUUAAGAGUCUAGAUUUUGCAGAGAAAGUUCCUUCCAGAAGAGAAUGCAUACCUACCUCCUGAGGUUAAUUCUCUAAGAUGAACAGUUGAGCUGUGCUGUGAAUAUUUUGUACAUGCACAGCAACAAAUUCAACAGGCGAAAGUUUGAAAUCUAGGUUUGUUCUCCUUUCCAGUGAU